AUGUUCAAGCCCACUUCUCCCGUAAUGGGAGGUCUGCUAUGGAAAAUCCCCUGGCGCCUCUCAUCCAUGCAAAAAGCCCGGCAGCGCAAGCGCUUACGAGCAGUAGACAAAGUCGUUGACACCGUGAAUGCAGCUCUCCAGCGCAACGGCGGAAAGAGCGCCAAGGCGGUUGAACGAUGGUAUAGAGAAAUGCCGAGAGAAGAGGAGAUGUUGCCGAAGGAUAAAUAUACGAUCUUCGAUCGGAAGGAGAAGACGUACAGAAAGGGAAUACAUAAGCUUCCAAAGUGGACUCGAGUGAGCCAGAGAGUCAACCCCCCGGGGUUUUAG